AUGCCGCCAAAACAGGCCGCCGAAGAGUCGCAGGCCGGCUCCGGCUCCGGCUCCGGCGCGGGCACGCCCACAUCUGCCACCUCCCAGGCCCCCAGUUACACCCAAGAGGAAAAGAUAGAGAAAUUGUGGUACCAAAAGAGAAAUGCAAGACAUCGCGAAAUAAUCACCGACCUCAUCUAUUACGACGAACUCAAAACGAUCAGGCGCAAGGAACCGAUCCUCAAUCCGGAAGAUGCUGCUGCCCCUGUUGUGACGGUCAAAAUAUGGGAGCGUCCUGAGGCUGUUAUGGACCCGAAAAUCGGUAUCAUCGGCGACGACGAUGAUCAGGAGGGAUUUAAAGUCCGGCCGCUUCCAUUCAAGAAGACCGCCGUUGUUUCCGGGGUCGACGAUAAGACGGAGGCCUCGAUCACGCCAGGGUCCAAGAGGAAGGCAUCCGUUCUUGAUGCUGAACCGGUCAGACUUAUAUCACACCAUAACUUUACAGGUAUCAGAAAGGAGCUGGGAUACAGACGGUCCAUCGAUUAUCACUUUCGAUUGUACAAGCUUGCUGCAACUACGAAUUUCGUUGACCGCUACCGCAAGGGGGAUCCUCCGGUUCCAAUCGCCGACCCAGACCUGGCGACUAUGCUCGGAGACUGGGAUUGGUCGAGAUAUUUCAAAAACCACAGGCGAGAGUAUAGAAAUGCUGAAACCCCUCCCGCCGUGCUUUACAAGGGUUUCCCCAUGGUCGAAAAGGUUGUCUUUGUGAUGCAUCCAAACAAGUGGGAAGAUGAUUACAACCACGGCAAAACAAUGGACGAGGGGCACUGUUACUGGGCUUCUAUCGCGCUACUGAUCUACGGCAGUGCCAGCUUCUGGUUACUCGUCAAGGCCGAACACCUUUGGUAUCUCGAGACCACCCUCAACAACCGUUAUCAUCCUCGCCACGAUUUCUAUAAGAGAAUGAUGAAAACGAAAUUCAAGUCCAAGGCAUUCGGACCAAAAGAGGGUGGCGUAAUGAUGCAAGGAGAGUUCAACCUUUGGGAGGCACUGCACAUUCCAGGCCUCUGGAUGAACCACGACCCGUGCUAUUUGACUGCUGAUCUCUACCAAGUUUUUCUCGUGCUUUAUAAGUACGGUUCGGAAAAAGCAAAGUGGUUUAACAAGGUCUACGACAUGAAGACUUUUGGGGCCUACAACAGUCGACACAUAUUUCUUUGCUAUGCGUAUGAAAAUCAUUACCGACCCAUGCUUCCGAACAAUUAUCUUUCCUACGAGUUCCGCCUUCCACGCCUCACGCUGGAGUCCACGAAAAUGUACAAGCUCCUUACAGCAGAGCACAACAGGCCAGAUGACGGCGUAUCCCACCACUGGAGGGCGCCGUUGAACUCCCUCCCAUCUUCGCUGUCGCUGCCUAGAAAUAGCUACCAUGGGGUUACGGAAAGUCAUAUCUACAGAGUGGUUGGAUAUGAAGACCCCCUCCGACCAGUUAUCAAUAUCGACGAUGACCCCAUUGUUAUCCAUGUCGACGAUGACAACCAUGUCUCAAAUCCGCCAAGUACCAAGCGUGCAAAGGUUGAUAAAACAACGAGUAAGACGGAGGUUGCGGAGGCGACGAAGCCUGUGACAUCAACUCCAGCUCCAGCACCAGCACCCAAGCCAACUACUCCGACGCCGGCACCCAAGCCCACCACCCCCGUAAACUACACUACUCGGUAUGUCUCCCUAUCCAGUCCUACCACGAAUGCGACUACAACUGAUAACACUGUUUUGCCAGGAAGGAUCUUAAAAAGACUCCCGAGCCUAAACGUCCCUCGUCCAAUUCAGCCCCCGAUUCCCAAUUGCCCAGUUGUCAUUCCCCCAGUCGGCAGGGCCUUUGAGGCGUUGUGUGGCGAGCUGGAUGAAGCAGAAAGCCAGACAAACUCGACGGCUCUAAUCACUCGAGGACCAUUUGGCCUCACAGCCUUCUUCUCCCGACCACCGCCCGACCUUACGAAGCUAGACACAUACUUUCCCCACUACAACCGCCAACUGCUCGACAGCUUCUACGUCUGGCUCAUCCAGCCCGAGAACAUCGUGAAACCCCUGCCCCAACUCCUAGAUGCCCUCGAGGUAGGCAACCAGAAACACGAACAAGCCAAGAAUCCCGCUCUCGCUAUCCGUAGCCUCCUCGGUCUAACAGCCGACAUCGCCGCUGUUGUGACCUUACUCACCCGCUACGACUUCCGGCUUCUCCUCGAGUUUUACGCCUACGAGAUGAAGAUCGAAAACAAGAUGGGUAAAAGCUCCGCUCAGCUGCUCGACGAGCUGGAGGAUGGCCACAAGAGGUGGACCAAUGAUAUCACUGCACCCAGGCACAGCGGUGUCCAUCCGGGAAUUAUUUACACACUCGAGAUGAUGCUCGGUCGGUAUGACCCUGUCUUGCUAGCGGAUAUGCAGGAAUGGGCGAAGUUGGCCAUGUCGGCAUCUGCACAAGAAGGUCAGGCCCAGGAUCUGGGUCCGGGUAAGGAGAUGGAGUGGAGUAACGCCCGGCUGGUGCAGUUGUUGGAGGAGGAAUAUCAGAGGAGAGAAGAGAUGAAGAGGGCUGAGCUGGAAAAGAAGGAAGCUGAACGAAGACUAAAGGACCAGUUGGAGCAGCAGGAUAGAGAGUUGGCCUACCAUAGGGCGUUGGAAGACAGGUACUUCAGGGAGCAGUUUUGGUCCAAGAUGGAUACUAUGGAGGUGGAGAUGACGGGAGAGCCGAGACGUCUCAGUCUGAAUGCGAUGGAUUUGGAUGAGCCUGACAACCCGUUUGGUGCUCCCAGAUCACCGGUGGAAGGGACUGUUCCGAUGGAUAUGGGGCCUGAAAUUGACAUGGAUGAUAUGGACAUGGGAGCAGAUUCGGAGACGGACGAACGACGGGCACGUGAAAAAUACAUGGACGAAGCGAAGCUGAAGGUGAAGGACGUGACAAAGAAGGAGAACUACGCCGACCUGUUUAUCAGUUCAAGGAAGCCCAAAGUGAGCGGCCUUGCAGAGGAUGAGAAAAAUGACUUUGAUCUUGACAAGAUGAAGGCGGAAAGAAGGGCGCAGCAGGCGGAGAAGAAGCGGCGCGAACAUGAGAGGCUUAGAAGAGAACAGGGCAAGACCGCGGAACAGGCUAAGGCGCCGGUGGGAGAAACCGCCAAUCAGAAGGCGGCUAGGCAGCUAGAGGAGAUAUGGCGAGCCAGAAAGGAGAACGAGGAAAGAGAGAGACGCAAAGCUGCUGAAAUAGAGAGACAGGGACGAGGAAGAUCCCGUGCAGGUUCUGCGUCAUCGGGCUCUCAUCAACGCGCUGGCUCUUCUUCUCGUACUCGUGCGCCUUCAACUACCGGACGACCGCGUCGUUCAUCUACAUCGAGAACCCAAGCUCCUAGUACUCCGAGCCGGAAGGGCGACGAAAAGAAACUAGGUAUGGAAAACAUUGUCGAUGAGAAUCCCAUGGCUCUGGUACUUGCUAGACCUAAACCCCCUACGCUCAAACUGCGACCUGCUACGCCUCCAAAUUCUGCUACCGGUACUACAGCGGGUGGUGAUGACCCUUUUGGACCUGCAGCUCCUAAGGACUCGGCUAAGCUCGAUCCAAAGCGGACUGGUUCUUCUUCUUUUAGUUUCGCUGGUCGUAAUAUUCCCACCACGGCAGAAAACCAGCCGGUAAAACCUAUGCAGAGAUUCGAUCCCAACACCGCUACAAGGCACAGCAAUUUUAACCCCAACGUCAGUACAUCCAACGCCGCCGCCGCCGUGCCCAAGGGUAACACGUUCAACCCAAGCUUUAAUCCAAACCCACGCGGUCCUUCUCGUCCUUCUCAGCCUAGCCAUAGCCCAGGUUCAGGCGCUAGGUCUGCAUCUAGCGGUCGCCCACGCGCCGGUUCUGGUUCUGGUUCAGGAGCUGGUGCCCGCCUCGGCCGUUCCCGAGCUAAUUCCGGAUCCGGAUCCGGAUCACCGACAAGAGUAGGAAGGAAGAGAGGAAACUCUAACCCAAGAAUGGGCAUGGGUAUGCCGGUUGUCACCAAAGAGACGAUAAAGAAAGGGUUCGAGCAUAAGAACGUGAAUCUCAACCCCAUGACUUUGCCAAUAGGACAGGGACAAAGUCAGGGGUGGGGAGGGUUCGGGAACCUUGGGACUAGUCCUGGAGCUGGAACAAACGCCAUGGAUAUCAGUCCCGGAGACAGAACCACAUCCAUGUCACCGGAAAAACAGCGACAGAAACCUCCUUCGGUUUCUUCAAGGGGUAGGGUUGACAAGAGCGCUAUGAGUGGGAUGGGGAGACAGAAGGUGGCGAGAGCGCCGUGGUUGUCGGAUGUGCAGGAGGUUACGGAGGAGGGGUUAUAUGACGAUAUUGAGGGAGAGCAGGGAAAGAAGAUAAAGGUGGAGGUGCAAGGGCAGGGAGAAAAGGAUGUGAUUGAUGGGAGCUUAAGGAUUGAGGAGUUGGGGGAUGAUGAUGAGGAUUUUUAUGUUGAUGCAUAA